ACUCUAAUAUCAUAAAUCAGUUAAAGCAAUACGCUGACUGACCCAUAUCCCCCCACUCACGUGCACAGCGCUUACACACAGAAAGAGCAAAGGCGGCGAUGGGUGGCAACACAUCGGAGGAUUUCUCGGUGGUAGUCUUAGCUUCAGAUUUCGCCGUAGAUGCUCGACCUUUCCUCUUCCACGAUGCAGAGCAACAACAAGAAGAAGAGAGUUGGCACGAUUGUUCUCAGUACCUUUCCCCCGACGAAGACUUCUCCGAUCUAGAACAAUUACAAUUCAUUACACUCCAAGGCUCCGACAAGAGCGGCGCUCGCAUUCUCCGCAUCAUUGGGAAGCACUAUCCCGCAACAGUUGUGAGUGCAGAGCGGCUGAAGAUGUAUGUCUUUCAUAAAAUAUUUAGUGAAUUGCCGGAUGGACCAUUUUGCAUUGUUUACAUGCACAGCACAGUUCAAAAGGAGGAUAAUUCUCCUGGGAUGACCAUCUUGAGGUGGAUUUAUGAAGAACUUCCAGAUAAUUUCAAGGACAGGCUUCAAACUAUGUACUUCAUCCACCCUGGGCUUCGUUCCAGGCUCGUCAUAGCUACUCUCGGCAGGUUUUUCUUGAGUGGAGGAUUAUAUUGGAAGAUCAAGUACGUUAACCGUCUUCAGUACCUUUGGGAUGAUAUAAAGAAAGGAGAGAUUGAGAUACCAGAAUUUGUACAACAGCAUGAUGAUAUUUUGGAAGAUAGGCCACUCACUGAUUAUGGAAUUGAACCCGAUCCCUUUCACUUGUCUGGGAUGCCUUCAGCUUCAUACUCAUUUGGAAAACAUGAAGAAAGAUGGGCGGGAAGGGGUCAUAUUUCUGAGUAUGAAUAUCGCUAAAACAUAUUAUGUGCCACUUCUGUACAGAAUAGCUAAGACAUCAUUUUGUAUUGCAUGAACUUAUCUCCUGGAUUCUCUAUCCGUUGAAUCUAAAAAUUCACUGAUGUGAAUGUGACUAUAUGUCAUGAAAAAUAUAUUUCAGUUUAUCAAUCUAUGAAAGUUCAGAAUAAUGUUUCAUUCAA